AUGUCAUAUCAAAUACAUCAACCUCCCUCUUCCUUCUUUGAUCCUACAAACAUACCUGUCACCUCGCUCAAUUGCCCUCCGAACUACCCCGAGACCUACCUGGAUAGGUUGGUACGAAGCAAACAAUCUGGAUCACCAGCACCUAGCUCAGCAGCUUGUGAUCAAUUCUACAACAAUAACGACUAUCCGUAUAACACCAACAUUUCAAGACCAGGCAUGAGCGCAGCCGCUGUCCUGCCCAUGUCUUCAAAUCAACCUCAUACGAUGAUGGAUUACAGACAUCUGAAUAUGCAGAAGAACAUGAUGAGCUAUCCAGACUCUGCUACAGUACGACAACCACCUGCGCCAAAUCCUGCUCCGCCCAUCAAACAAGCUUACACACCUCCAUAUCCAGCUCAAGCUCAGAAUGUUGCUCAGAAACCAUCACGAUUUCAACAACUCCUCGAUCAGAAAUUUGCGGCUGAGCAGAGCGUAAGGAAUGCCCCUGCCGCAUCCGCCCAACCAUCUCAUCAGAAGAUCACGACAUCAAGCGACUAUCUUCAGCAUGUCAGAAGUCAGAUGAUGCAACAGGCGAACGACACGGUCUUCCACAAAGAAUUCGUUAGCAGUCAGUAUACUCAGCCCAUUCAAGCACAACAGCAAGCAGCUCGACCUCAACAACUCGUAAAUAAAGCUCAAACUCCCCAGGUCUAUCCUGUUGCGCAACAUCGAGCCCAAUCAUAUCCAGAUGUGCCAGCACAGUACCCCACACAGCAGCAACCUCCUUUGCCUCAACAGCCGAUACACCUUAUACCACAGCCACAACACACUCCGGGGUACUCACCCUUAGGCCCCUCACCAACCAGUUCGACCGACGUCGGGUCAUACAACGCAUCACAUCUCCCAGUCAAUAUUGCUCCAUCCGUCCAGCUCAACUCUCAGGCGCCUUGGGUUGGACAAAUCACGCCCGCGCAAAAUACAUCUUACCCUCAACUCCCUAGUGCUGUUUCCAGCUUCAACACGCCGCAGCUCACACCCUCGAGUUCUGUUACUGCCCAAGUCCCGGUCAGUCAGAACGAUAACAGUAACAACCAAUGGCUUCAGAACGCGGGCAUGAAUGGCUGGACGAAUGGCCCUGUCAACACUGGUGAUAUCUCGCUGACUCCAUCCCACUUCGAACAGCAGGUCACUCGACCACAAGUCACACCUUCUUUCUCCUGGAACGUCACUGAGGAAGGUGGGGAAUCAUCAUACAACGCUCAUACCUCCUUCGAUCGAACGCCCGUACGGUCUCCUUCCAGACCUUCAACAUCGUCUUCUUCUUUGCCUGUUACUCCGACCGGUGCUACUCAAUAUUCACAGUUCCCCAAUAACGCAAACACAAACAGGUCAACGCCAUUCUUGACAGUAAAAAUCGAACCUGAUACCCAUCAUUUGACUGUACCAUUCACGUCUCAACCACAAAAUAUAUCACCUACCUCCUCACGUUCGUCAAGUGUCGGUGGUAAUUCCCCUUUGUUAGAAUACGGGGCGAGGAUGUUCACCAAUAUGAACGGAUCGUUUUCCCUUCCUGGACCAGCGAUGUACAUGGCUUCGACCAAUGGUGGUGGCGCAGGAGGACCGUCAACCUUGGCUAAUGGGAUGGCAGGGGGUGAUGGUGGUGGUGGAGGGGAAGAUUGGUCAAAUGGUGGGAAUGGUGAAGAAUCAGGAUCGGGUGGCCAAGCAGGUUCAGGAUCAGGAUCAGGAUCAGGAUCAGGAGGAGAUGGAAAUAAUGGAAACAACGGGAAUGGUGAUCAGAAUGGUGAUAACAAUUCGAAUGGAGGUGGCGGAUCAGUAAGGAAGGGCAAGAAAUUGACCUUGGCUUGUCAUUUCUGUCGAAGAAGGAAAUUGAAAUGUAAUGGAGUUCAACCGCGUUGUGAUAAUUGUACGAAACGGAAUGAACACUGUUCAUGGGAUGGGAAUGUACGACGUCGAGGACCUGGUAAAGCUACAAAGGAAAGGAGAGAGAAAGCUGCUAGAGAGGCCUUAGCAGCUGGAUUGACCAAUGAAGAUUCCAUCAAUACCAACACCAGCACCGAACAACACCAACAUGAUCAUCAACAUAUGGAAGGAGGAGGAGAACAUGAUUUAGUUGAUCUACCUAUUGUCGUAGCACUGAAUUCGUUACCUGAUUUACAAGAAGAUUCCAAUGAAGAAUUCCGUCUGGACCAUUCUCAUUUACAAUCACUUGGUCAUGAUCCAAAUGACAUUUCAGGACAAGGAGGUGAAGAAGGAUUGGAAAGUAUAACAUUGGAUAGAUUACCUGAAUUACAUCAAGAUGACGACAACAACGAUCAUAUACCGAUUGAUCCUGCUCUGGCUGCUUUGUCGGCGGUGUUACCUGUUCCUGGAACGUUGGCUGAAUUGGAGACACCCCAAACGACAUCUAUAAAAGCGGAGAAAAGGAAAUCAGGUGUUGAUAUCGAGAGUGCAAUGGGAUUGGAUGAUGAAAGUGCGAAAAGAAUGAAACUGGAUGAGAAUACGUAUAUACAAGAGCAGUAA